AUGCCCGCCUCGGUACUGUGGGCAGUGGACCUCUUUGGGCGCGUGUACACGCUGUCCACCGCCGGGCAGUACUGGGAGCCCUGCCGAGACACCCAGCUGGAGUUCAAGCGGGUCAGCGCCGUGCGGCAGUGCUGCUGGGGCAUCGCCGCUGACAACCAAGUCUACGUGUACGUGUGUGCCAGUGACGUCCCCAUCCGGCACCGGGAGGAGGCCUACGAGAACCAGCGCUGGAACCCCGUGGGUGGCUUCUGUGAGAAGCUCCUGCCCAGUGACCGCUGGCCGUGGAGUGAUGUGAGUGGGCUCCAGCACCAGCCGCUAGCCGGGGUGGCGCUGCCCUCACCGCACUGGGAGUGGGAGUCCGACUGGUACGUGGAUGAGAACUUUGGAGGGGAGCCCACCGAGAAAGGGGGGUGGACAUAUGCCAUCGACUUCCCUGCCACCUACACCAGGGACAAGAAGUGGAACUCCUGUGUGCGGCGGCGGAGGUGGAUCCGGUACAGGAGAUACAAGUCCCGAGAUUCUUGGGCCAAGAUCCCUUCGAAGGAUGACCCCAAGCAGCUGCCUGACCCCUUUAACGACCUGUCCGUGGGCGGGUGGGAGAUCACAGAUGAGCCGGUGGGCCGCCUGUCAGUGUGGGCAGUGUCUCUGCAGGGAAAGGUGUGGUACAGAGAGGACGUCAGCCACCCUAACCCUGAGGGCUCCUCGUGGUCCCUUGUGGACACCCCAGGCGAGGUGGUCCAGAUCAGCUGUGGACCCCACGAUCUCCUGUGGGCCACGCUCUGGGAGGGGCAGGCCCUGGUUCGGGAAGGCAUUAGCAGGCACGAUCCCAAAGGAAGUUCCUGGUCCAUCGUGGAACCCCCCAUGGCUGAAAAUGGGAUCACACACAUCUCAGUGGGCGUCAGUGUAGUCUGGGCCAUCACCAAAGACCAGAAGGUGUGGUUCCGGAGAGGUGUCAACUCACACAAUCCCUGUGGCACCAGCUGGAUUGAGAUGGUUGGAGAAAUGGUGAUGGUGAACGUGGGGCUCAGUGACCAGGUCUGGGGCAUCUCCUGUGAGGACCGGGCCAUAUACUUCCGGCAGGGCGUCACUCCCAGCGAACUCAGCGGGAAGACAUGGAAGGCCAUCGCUGCCAGCCGGGAGUGUGACCGGUCACACUCGGGCAGCUCAUCCAGCCUCCUCAGCGCAGGCUGCUUCUUUGGCGAUGAGGUGAGAGCCAGUGGUGAGUCCCCUGCCCCCAGCGACACCGACACGUCCUCAGAACUGGACCGACCAGGGCCUGACCAGCCUCGCCCCGCAGACUCUCUGGACAGCACGGAGAGCUCCCAUAAGGGCAGCCCGGCCUUGGCACCAGGGCCUGACAGGCCCGCAGCAGGGGCAGCCGAAAAGACUGGCCAGGCCGAGGGCCCAGGUGAGGAGGCCUCCAGCCCGGCCUCCACCCCGGCGGAGCUGCCCUGGACCAACAUCGACCUGAAGGAGCCCCGGAAGGCGCCCGGCCGCGCGGCACCCGGGCUGCCCGAGCCCCCCGGCCUCUCCUCCCUGGGGCUGCUGCCACUGGGCCUGGAGGAGCCCUACGGGGCCGACGACCACCCACUGUGGGCCUGGGUGUCCGGAGGAGGCUGCACUGUGGAGACCCACACGACACUCAAGUGGUUCUCGGCUCCGGUGGGCCUGUCCUCCGCCGUGCAGACGCUGGCCCCGCCUGUGACGCCGGCCCAGACCGCCGCCUGGAGGAAGCAGAUUCUCCAGCAGCUCACCGAGCGGACCAAGCGCGAGCUGGAGAACUUCCGCCACUACGAGCAGGCGGUGGAGCAGUCGGUGUGGGUGAAGACGGGGACACUGCAGUGGUGGUGUGACUGGAAGCCCCACAAGUGGGUGGACGUGCGUGUGGCCCUGGAGCAGUUCACCGGUCAUGACGGCACACGGGACAGCAUCCUGUUCAUCUACUACGUGCUCCACGAGGAGAAAAAGUACAUCCACCUGUUCCUCAACGAGGUGACGGUGCUGGUGCCUGUCCUGAAUGAGGCCAAGCACUCCUUCGCCCUGUACACGCCCGAGAGGACCCGGCAGAGGUGGCCUGCACGCCUGGCCGCCGCCACCGAGCAGGAAAUGAACGACUGGCUAGCCCUGCUCAGCCUGUCCUGUUGUGAGAGCCGGAGGGUGCACGGCCGCCCCUCCCCCCAGGCCAUCUGGUCUGUCACCUGCAAGGGGGACGUCUUUGUGAGCGAGCCCAGCCUGGACCUGGAGGCCCCCGACCACCCACUGCCCUGCGACCAGCUGUUCUGGCGGCAGAUGGGUGGUCACCUGCAGGUGGUGGAGGCCAGCAGCCGUGGCGUGGUGUGGGGCCUCGGCUAUGACCACACGGCCUGGGUGUACACUGGAGGCUAUGGCGGAGGCUGCUUCCAAGGCCUGGCCAGUAGCACCAGUAACAUCUACACGCAGUCGGAUGUAAAGUGUGUCUACAUCUAUGAAAACCAGCGCUGGAACCCCGUCACCGGCUACACCAGCAGGGGUCUGCCCACUGACCGGUACAUGUGGAGCGAUGCCUCAGGAUUGCAGGAGCGUACCAAGGCCGGCACAAAGCCACCUUCGCCACAGUGGACCUGGGUCUCUGACUGGUAUGUGGAUUUUGGCGUUCCUGGGGGCACCGACCAGGAGGGAUGGCAGUAUGCCAGUGACUUUCCUGCCUCCUACCGUGGCUACAAGACCAUGAAGGACUUUGUCAGGAGACGGUGCUGGGCCAGAAAAUGCAAAUUGGUGACCAGUGGGCCCUGGCUGGAGGUGGCCCCUAUCGCCCUGGCAGACGUGUCCAUCAUCCCCGAGAGCCCGGGCACCGAGGGCAGCAUCGCCCUGUGGGCCGUCAGCGACAAGGGGGACGUGCUCUGCCGCCUGGGCGUGUCUGAGCUCAACCCCGCGGGCUCCUCCUGGCUGCACGUGGGCACUGACCAGCCUUUCACCUGCGUCUCUGUGGGUGCCUGCCACCAGGUGUGGGCCGUGGCCCGCGAUGGCUCUGCCUUCUACCGAGGCUCUGUGUCCCCCUCCAAGCCAGCUGGUGACUGCUGGUACCACAUCCCGUCCCCACCCAAACAGAGGCUGAAGCAGGUGUCUGUUGGGCAGACGUCUGUGUUCGCCUUGGAUGAGAACGGGAACCUGUGGUACCGUCAGGGGAUCACCCCCAGCUACCCCCAGGGCUCCAGCUGGGAGCACGUGUCCAACAAUGUACGCAAAGUGUCCGUGGGGCCCCUGGACCAGGUCUGGGUCAUCGCCAGCAAAGUCCAGGGGAGCCACAGCCUGAGCCGGGGGACAGUGUGUCACCGCACAGGGGUGCAGCCCCGUGAGCCCACCGGGCAGGGCUGGGACUACGGCAUAGGGGGCGGCUGGGAUCACAUCUCCAUCCGGGCCAAUGCCACUAGGGCCCCCAGGAGUGGGUCCCAGGAGGCUGGCACACCCCUGCAGGAGGCAGACCUGGACCCAGAUCCUCUGGGGACACUUCCCAAGCACAGAGCUUCCACGCCCACCCCGCAGGCCCUGGGACUUACAGGCCUAUUGCUUGCCGUCAGCCAGGCUGCUCACUUCCCUGGGGAGCAUGGACUGUGUCCCAAACUUGGAGUUAGCCAGCUGCAGUACAUCUCGCCGAGCACCCUGACUACUGGCUGUACAAAGUGGUCCCCACCUGAGCGCUGCAGUGAGGCUGGGACCCACCAGGCCUCGGCACUGGCAGGAACGUGGUGCACCACCAGGGCUCACAUGGAGGAGGACACCAACCCUCCCGAGGCCAGGCUGGGAGAGGCAGAAACGAAGCCGCUGACGGCUCUCCUGCAGAACCACCGGCCGCCAUGGCUGCCUGUACUGUGGCCACAGCUAACGCCAAGCCCCAUGGGGGCACUGUGUCCUGAGCCUAGGGAAGUCGGGGCCAGCGUGAGCUCACGCCCAGCCCAGCCUCUGCCUGCAGAGCCUCGGGGACCUGGAUUCAGCCCCCGGGGCCAGGCAGGGCUAGGGGCAGAGGCAUGA